GGGGCAGGAACCUACCGGACCUACAAACGACAAGCCCGAGGGUGGAGCGGGGAUGCUUUGCGGUAGACGAGCAUGAUCCCACUGCCAACGUCUGUAAGCCUUCCUCCGUGCUCCUGGGGGCUGAGGCUUGGCCAGCAGCCAUGAGAAUAGACUGGCCCCAAGCCUGGCUUUUGGGCCUGCCCACAGCCGUGGUGUAUGGUUCCUUGGCCCUCUUCACCUCUGUCCUGCAUAAUGUGUUCCUGCUGUACUACGUGGACACGUUUGUCUCGGUGUAUAAGAUCAACAAACUGUCCUUCUGGAUUGGAGAGACUGUAUUCCUCCUCUGGAACAGCUUCAAUGACCCCCUCUUUGGCUGGCUCAGUGACCACAAGUUCCUCAGCUCCCAACCCCGGUCGGGAGCCGGGCUCUCCUCCAGAGACGUGGUGCUGACCCGGGUGAGGGCUCUGAGCUGGCACGGGCCCUUGCUGGCAUUGUCAUUCCUGGCCUUCUGGGUGCCCUGGGCCCCUGCUGGCUUGCAGUUCUUACUGUGCUUGUGUCUCUAUGAUGGCUUCCUGACCCUCGUGGACCUCCACCACCACGCCUUGCUGGCCGACCUGGCUCUCUCUGCCCACGACCGCACCCACCUCAACUUUUACUGCUCCCUCUUCAGUGCGGCUGGCUCCAUGUCUGUCUUUGCCUCCUACGCCUUUUGGAACAAGGAGGACUUCUCCUCCUUCCGUGCCUUCUGUGUGGUACUAGCUGCUGGCUCUGGCCUGGGCUUCCUGGGGGCCACACAAUUGUUGAGGCGGCGGAUUGAGACCACCAGAAGGGACAGAGGGUACUCAGCCAUGGUCGUGGAUAGAGGCAUAUGUGAGGAAGAGCCUCUGGUGGGUGGUGAGGAAGCAGGCAGCAUCACCUUGGGCCAGUACCUCCGGCAAUUGGCAUGCCACCAAAACUUCCUGUGGUUCGUGGGCAUGGACCUGGUACAGGUGUUUCACUGCCAUUUCAACAGUAACUUCUUCCCUCUCUUCCUGGAGCACUUGUUGUCUGACCACAUCUCCCUCUCGACAGGCUCCUUCCUGUUGGGCAUCUCCUAUGUUGCUCCUCAUCUCAACAACCUCUACUUCCUGCCCCUGUGCCGGCGCUGGGGUGUCUAUGCCGUGGUGCGGGGCCUCUUCCUGCUCAAGCUGGGCCUUAGCCUCCUCAUGCUGCUGGCUGGCCCUGAUCGCCCCGGCCUGCUUUGCUUCUUCAUUGCCAGCAACCGUGUCUUCACUGAGGGCACCUGUAAGCUGCUGACCCUUGUGGUCACUGACCUAGUGGAUGAGGACCUGGUGCUGAACCACCGGAAACAGGCAGCCUCGGCUCUCCUCUUCGGUAUGGUUGCCCUGGUGACCAAACCUGGCCAGACCUUUGCCCCACUGCUGGGCACCUGGCUUCUCUGCUUCUACACAGGUCAUGACCUUUUUCAGCAGUCCCCAGUGAUCGUGGGGAGUGUCCAGCCGAGGCCAGAGCCCCCAGCCCCGGCCCCAGCACAGGCUGCGACACUCCGCCAGGGCUGCUUCUACCUGCUAGUGCUGGUGCCCAUCACCUGCGCGCUGCUGCAGCUCUUCACCUGGUCGCAGUUCACGCUGCACGGGAGACGCCUCCGCAUGGUCAAGGCCCAGCGCCAGAACCUGGCACAGAUCCGAACGCUGGACAUUAAGAUGGUGUGAGAGCGGUUGCAAAGCCACUCUGCUGAGGUCCUUGCACAAGUCCCAGCAGAAACCUCUCCCGCCGGCCAGCAUCCUACUUCACCUUUGCUGGGUGCAGCUCCUGGGGAGGUCUGCCCUUGGCUAGCUGGCUGAUUGAGCUCGGGCAAGGGCUGGAUCGUAUGUGCUCAGGAACUGAGGCUCCUGUAGGGCAAGAAGGAAGGAGGGCCAGAAAGGGCAGGGGGAGUGUGGUGCACAAGGAGGUGCUGGGGUCCUGGAGCUGGAGCUGGCAACUUGGUGGGUUCAGGAACUUCUGAGACUGUAACUCCUUUUGCCCACUCAGGCGAAGCUGGCUGAAGUGCUCCUUGCCUCUCCUUGAGUCAUUUCUCCGAGGCUUCUCUGCUUCAGUCGGAAGUAGCAUGGCCUCUGUGCUGUGGGCUCCCCAAAGCCCAGCAGGCCUCCAAACUCUAAAGAGUUUCGAGUAAAGCCAGUCAUUCCCACUCCUGAGGUCUGUGCCCUGUGUGUGGGGAGCAGGCGCACAGUGUUGGUGGGGGCUGGGAAGUACCCCACGAGCAUUUUCCUAGCGAUGCUGGGACAGAAAUGCAAAUUAUGAGCUGGACCUGGUGAUUUAUGCCUAUAACCCCAGUGUUGGGAAGGCUGAGGCAGGAUUGCCUCAAGUUCAAAGCUAGCUAAAAAAAAAAAAAAACCAAAACACUCCCACCACCAUCAAAUCAGCCCAGCAGACUGCUGGGUGAUCAGGCCUGGAGCCAGUUACCUCCAUGCGGUUCCCACACACCAUUGCGGACAGUUGUCAGAAAGGAGCCGCUGCCAAGCCAGGGGCUCGCCACCCUGAACUCACCUGAAGAGCUUCUGAAAUACCCUGCCUGAGUUUUCGCCCAGAUUCAGACUGGGUCUGGACUGGCCGUGGGAGCUUUUGUGUGAUGCAAACCUCUGGGGGUGAUUUUCCUCAUUGUAGGACCGUUGCAUACUGGUUAGCAGUGACCUGGGCCUCCUCCACCUACCAGCUAUCAAUAGCAUCCCCAGUCUCCAGCUGUGAUCACUGAACAAGUCCAGAUGUUUCUAGAUGUGUCCCAUGGGCAGACUGAUCCUAAAGGGAACCUUCUGCUCUAGGCCAGUGGUUCUGAGGGUCUGCACAGGGGAUCAAAUUAGGCACACGGCCCAGCCAACAAGCAGUCGCUCUCUCAAGGUUAUUUUUGCUUAUGUUUAUUUUUGUGGUUCUGACAGUCUUUCUUUCUGAUAUGGAUGAUAAAGCAGCCAUACCUUAUACUUAUUGGGGGAGAGUAAAUAUUUGUUAGGUAUCUGCCAAUUUUCUUUCAGAUACAGGUUUAAAUUAUUUAUAGCCCUAGCUGUCCUGGAACUCACUCUAUAUA